AACUCGCCUCGCCACUUGCCAUGAAUGCAAGCAGAUUCUCCAAACCCAUAACAGAAGCCAAUGACGAAAUCUCACUCGCUUUCUGAUUUCUUUGGCUUCCUCUGAGGCUACCAAGCAAGAAACUGAAUAUUGAAAAUGCCGGAGCUUAUGUAUCGGGAUCAGAGCUCGUCCAGAUCGGGGUUUAGAGCUCGCGAUGCUAGCCCUGACUCUGUCAUUUUCACUCUCGAGUCCAACUUUAGUCUCUUCUCUUCUGCUUCUGCCAGUGUUGAUCGCUGCUCUUUUGCUUCUGAUGCUCACGACCGCGACUCUCUUGCUUCAGAAAUUUCUCUGCAUUUGGCAGGACAUGAAGCUCUUUCUUGUGGUGGCGUCGGUGGUAGUGAUCUCCACGAAACCUCGAGUGGUCCAGAUCGAGAUCCAGAUCCAAACAAACUCACCACUGUAUACAGCAACACCAAGCCCGCUCACGCUCACUCUCACUCUCACUCUCGUCUCAUGAGAAAAGUUCAAAAAGAAGAAAGCAAAGCUACUAUAGAAGUAGAAGACGAUACCCAUCUCUUAGAUUCAGCGAGAAGCUCAUUCUCUCUUGCUCUUAAAGAGUGUCAGGAACGGAGAUCCAGAUCUGAAGCUAUUUCGAAGAAGCCAGACAGGCGGAGACCUGCUUCGCUGGAUUUGAACAAUGUUAUUGCUGCCUCAUCGCCGCGAUUGGGUGCCAUGAGAAAGAGCUCGAUUUCGUCGCACAAGUCCGGUGCGUUUCCUAGCCCUGGCACACCUAAUUAUCGCCACACUAGUGUUGGAAUGCAGAAGGGUUGGAGCUCCGAGCGAGUGCCAUUGCAUACCAAUGGUAAUAGGCGCCAAGUAAAUGCUGGGUUAUUGCCUUUCAAUAAUGGGAGGACGUUGCCGUCGAAAUGGGAGGAUGCUGAGAGGUGGAUAUUUAGUCCUGUUUCUGGAGAUGGUGCAGUGAAAACGUCACUUCAACCGUCUCAGCGGAGGCCGAAGUCGAAGAGUGGACCGCUUGGGCCUCCUGGGAUUGCGUAUUACUCGUUGUAUUCGCCUGCCAUGCCAGUAUUUGAAGGGGACAAUGCAGGAAAUUUCGUUGCAGGUUCUCCGUUUUCGGCUGGUGUUAUUGCAGUGGAUGGAUUGUCUAUUCGGUCUAAUGGUCAUGGUUUGGCCUUUCCUGUGCGGACAGAGCAUUGCAUGGCCCGUUCAGUUAGUGUGCACGGAUGCUCGGAGGUGUUGGCCCAGCCCUUGUUGCCCUCCCAAGAUGAGAAACUUGGCGGUGUGAAGGAUGCAGCAACUAAUAUAUCUUCUGCUGUUUCAAGAAGGGACAUGGCAACCCAAAUGAGUCCUGAGGGUAGCAACCAUUCACCUCCAAGUGGGAGGGCAUCAUUCUCUACCUCCACUCCCUCUGCCUUAGCUAUAGUGGAACUGCAGAGUAACCAUUCCUCUAACUCAGAAGUCAGGGAUGUGCAGGUGGAUGAAAGGGUUACUGUCACAAGAUGGUCUAAGAAACAUAGGGCUCGGAACCAGGGGAAGAGCACAGAAAUUAUAGAUGAUUGGAGAAAGAAAACUGUUGAUGCUCGAUCCCCAGGUUGGGAUGUUUCAGAUGCUGCAAAGAGCAUUUCAAAGGCUAAAAGAGAGGAAGCCAAAAUCACUGCAUGGGAGAAUCUACAGAAGGCAAAAGCUGAGGCAAAAAUAAGGAAACUUGAGAUGAAGCUUGAAAAGAAGAGAUCAUCAUCUAUGGAUAAAAUUAUGAAUAAGCUGAGAUCAGCUCAGAAGAAAGCCCAAGAAAUGAGAACCUCCGUAUUAUCCAACCAGGCACGCCAAGUUUCCAGGACUUCUCACAAGGCUAUAUCAUUCCGUCGAACCCGUCAAAUGGGGUCCUUAAGUGGUUGUUUCAUAUGCCAUGCUUUCUAGUGUCUCAUCUUGCCAUAUAGUGUUGUGCUUGAAUCAGCUUAACAUGCCUGUUACCUGAAUUUGUACAUUCAUGGAUAGAUGGCACAUGUUGGUUUCGUAUCAUUUCAAGGCAAAAAAAAAGGUUCCUGGUCAGACUGAAGAGGAAUUACACCUGCAGCAGAAGGCCGUGUACAGAAGCAGACAACUAUUACAUAGACGCUACAAUGCAGUUCUGCAGGGACAUGAAGCUCAAGUAUUUCCAUUAAGAUUCAGGUAAGUUGCAUUGUUGCGGUGUUCCAGGCACCAACAUAUCCAGAAAUGACUGAUAAGUUUCGUACGUGUGUAUGUAUAUAUAUCAAGUGUGCUUUCCUCAUUAUGACAUUUAUGACAUUUUGCCUCGCAGUUUGAAAUGCCAUUUCCUUAGCUUCCUUCCAA